UAAUGGGUUUUAUAGGAAUUUGUCGGUAUGCUAAGAUCCCUAUAAAAAACCUCUCAGUUCCGGCGCAGUCGAAACCUAAUUCAUCAGUCGAAACCAUGUCUUCCUCGACCAGCGGAUUGUCCAACACGGCUGAGACUGGCGUCUUCUGGGACCUGGAUGAUUGCCCAAUCCCUGAUGAUCAGACUCCUGCUUCGGUCUGUGCUAAUAUCAAAUCGGCUCUCAAGACUGCGGGUUAUGUUGGUCGGGUUUCAAUCGUUGCUUAUUCACUUACCAAGCAGACCUCAGUCGACUUCGAAUCCGCCCAAAUCAAGCUUGAGCAACCUGGAGAUUAUAAUGAAAAAUUACACACUAUCUCUGGUGACGUUUUUAUGUGGGCAAUGACUCAUUUAUAUGUACCAACAAAUCUUCUGAUAAUCUCAGAAGACUUUGACUACGCCGAUGUUCUUAUGAUCAUAAAAAAGCAACACAAUAAUAUUAUCUUAGCAUUUCCUCAUGACACACCAUCAGAAAUGCUACGUAGUACUGCAAGUUCAUUGUGGCUCUGGGCUGACCUAUCAGCUGGUGGGAGCCCUCGCAAUUGCAAAAGCGGGAGCGUACAAGUGUCUCUACCUCCUACCAAAAAGAAGAAGCAGAUGAAGCUGGGGUUAAAACCCUGUCAGAAAAAGCGGAAGAGCAGUUCUAAUACUAAGCUUGAGAACUAGUCAUGACACUAUCACAAGGAGUGUUCUUAUGUUUCUUCUUAGGCUUUAUCUUAGUAGUACCUUCUUCCUCCCAAGUAAAACUUAUGAACUUGUUGCUGUAUCUUGUUAUAUUUGAAUUGCCAUUUAUUAAAUGCAUCUAGGACUUUUAUUGUUCUCUUUCAA